AUCAGAUGGAGUUUCUGUUUUGAAAGCCUCUUUUGUAAGACAAAAUAAUAAACAUGGAAUUUAAAGAUUUGAAGUCCUCAAAAUUCGUCACAUCUUUCUACGGGAUUGUAUUGCAGUUUUGAUAACAUCCAAAUUGACCAGUAAAACCCUUCGGAUCUUAAGUGUGUGUCAUUUAGAAGACAACAAAUAUUUUUUUCUUUUAACAUCACUUUAAAAUACUGCAUUUCUUUUAUUACGAAGUGCAAAACAAAAUGCUAUCAUUUUCUGUUAUGACAAACUAUUCUCUAUGAUACAGCGACCUUAGAGGUCAAAUAACAAUCGUUUAAUAAACGAUUACACAAAGAUAAAACUGUUUUAUCAGACAGUAUAUGUUAAUAUCGUUUAUUUUUAGCGACUACCUGUGUGAGCUCGGGCUUAUUACUUACACACGUAUUUAUUGUGUAGUUGUAUGUCAAUAUUACUAAAUGAACACUAAAAUGAACAGAGACUAUACUUAUGAUGUAAUUGUUGUCGGUGCUGGAAUAGAAGGGUCAGCAACCGCAUACCAGUUAGCCAAGAAAGGUAAAUCUGCAUUACUACUAGAACAGUUUCCUAUUCCACAUAAUCGUGGAAGUUCACAUGGCCAGACACGAAUCACAAGGAAAGCUUAUGGUGUGUAUAAACACUAUGCCGUUAUGAUGGAGGAAGCUUAUAACUCUUGGAAUCUCCUGGAAAAAGAAACUAACACUACACUGUAUUAUGAGACUGGAAUGCUAUGCGCUGGAAAAAGAGAAAAUACAUUCAUUAACGGGACUAUAGAAUUCUCAAAGACAAAUGGAAUACCAGUAGAAGUUACAGACGAAGAGGAUGUAGGAAAAAUAUAUCCCACGAUGACAUUUCCAAAGAAUUAUGUGUUUGUUUUAGAUAAAUGUGCUGGGAUACUCCUAGCUGAUAAGGGACUACGAGCUUUCCAGGAUAUAUUCCGAAAAAAUGGCGGAAUAUUGAAGGACAACGAGGUAGUAACUAAUAUUACUCCUGGUUCAGUAAUUACUGUACAGACGUCUAAAGGCCAGUAUACAUGUAAAAGUAUUAUCCUAACUGUCGGACCAUGGGCAAAACAACUCUUACCAACGUUAGGGAUACACAUACCUCUGAAGCCAAUAAGAAUAAGCGUAUGCUACUGGAAAGAGAAAAAUCCAGGAGAAUACGGAUUGGGCAAAUUUCCAACUUUUUAUGAGAGUGAAGCUGUUGAUGGAAAAUACAGUGUGUACGGCUUUCCUAGUAUGGAAUAUCCUGGCUAUGUUAAGAUGUGUCUAGGAUGGGGUCCUGAUGUCGACCCAGACAACAGAGAUUUUGUUAAUGAAGAAUGGGUAAUUUCCAGAAUCAAGAAAUAUGUUACUGACCAUUUUCCAAAUCUCCAUUCAGAACCAAGCAUAGUCGAACCAUGCAUAUACACGAUGGUACCUGAUGAAGAUUUUGUAUUAGACAAACAUCCAAAGUGGUCAAAUGUAAUCAUUGGAGCAGGAUUUUCUGGACAUGGCUUUAAACUUGCGCCAGUUGUCGGUAAACUUUGAGCAGAUUUAGCCCUUGGAGAGACCCUAUCGUACGAUAUAAGUCCGUGUAGAUUAAAUCGUUUUAUCUUUCAAUCUAAAAUGUAACUUAGAGUUAAAAAAUAAAAUACAUUUGAUUCAUAAUGAUAUUAAGAUAUAACACUGACUAUCUAUUAACUUGAAAAUUUAAUUGCAUUAUAAAGUGUAUUUGUUCUCACUUUAUUUAUAUCAUUCUCUGGUCGUUUUUCGUAUUUUGUAUUAUGUAUUAUAUUUUAUUUUAUGAAGACCUCUAUAUUUAUAUAUAUUAUAUAUCUCUUGUAAAAAUUCUUAUAUUGGUGCAUGUAAAAUUAUGUGUAUGUAUCUUAUAAGCUGUAUUGCUUUCGGAAUAUAGUAUUAUUAUUAAGAAAUACUUUUUGAGACAAUAUCAAGUUAAUGUUUCAAUUAACAGUUCUAAGACGGUUGCAAUGGGCAAAAGGUGAUUUCAUUUCAUGUGAGACAAUUAUGUUUUUCAGUGAGAUAUAUUUUUCAGUUAGUGAAUGUUAAAAGAUUUCGCAACAUAUCGACACAAUACAGGAUGCGAAAGUCCUGAAAUUCAAUUACAUUGCACGCACAAAUAAACAAACAUUUUGAAAUAAUAAUAAUUUCCAAUCACCUAAAAUUUUUCGACAUUUGCAAUGCAGCACCCUUAGCUGUAAUAAUAAAUAACUGAAUGACCUGGCCGUCAUAUAGUUCGUGAGCAUGGAUUCCCUACAUACAUUACAUUUAUACAUAAUAGUCGAAUGAGUAAUUAAAUUACAAGAAUGGUCUCAAAUUGACUAAUUUUAUUAUUAAUUUAACAAACUAUCAAACUGGACUUUUCUGAUUUAAAAGAUUACGUAUGUCUAAAAAGUAUUGGCAAUAUACUGUAAAUAAAGACACCUCGUCACAACAUCCCGGUUAUUGUGGUCUAAAUAUAGCUACAUAUUUACUGAUGAAUAAAUAAUGUUAAAAGUAAAAGUAAUGAAAUAACACUCAUUAGAAUAAGAAAAAAAAUUUAAUCGAUCCUUUUUUUUUAAUGGAAAUUACUUAAAAGUUAAGUACAAUAAUUAAACAUUUACGGAAUUUGUUAGAAGGACAGUUCAAAGGACAGAAACAGAUUUUAAUGAACAAGAUUGCAUAAUCUGAUAUCAAUUUUCAUACAUAUAAUCAAACUAUUCAAUGCAUAGUAAUAAAAACUUCAAUAAUACAUAGAAAUUAACAGGAAUCUAAACACACUGGACACUACACCAUACCACAGAAACCACCAACACCUGACCUUUCCAAAACAAUACAGACGUACACACAACGAAAAAUAACACACGGUCAAGAAAGAUAGCCAGAGUUGGUACAUAACAGGAAAUGGUUAAGCCAGUUUAAAGAUCGGACACCUGCGCUUUACCUAUGAAUAUACGUGAGAUGCCAUUAAUAAAACUCGUGACUUCAACUCAAUUUCGUACUUUUGUCUACCUUUUUUAAAAUGUUUUUGUUUCGAGCGUACCGGAUGAGUGACGUGUAUGAGGAAAACAUUUUAAAACUAAAAUAUAUAUUUGUAUCCAUCCUCAGCAUGUAAUGUUUUAUUUACUGAUGUGGUAUAAGUACCAAUUAUACAUACAUCUAUCUACCAGAUAUGAAAUGACCAUAUGUAAAACCCAUACCGUUAAGUUAGCCAUUAAAAGCUUCGACAUUUUACAAAACAAUUAGACGAGAAAACCAACGACCUUACAUAGGAUACAACAAUGAAUUAAAAGUCAAUUAAAUCUACGUUGUUGUUCUACACUUUUCUAUGGAUAUUGAAAAAAUAAAAUUGAAAUGGUUAUCAAAGGAAGAUUUUGGAUAGUUUUCCAACUCAACUAAGACUUCUUUCACACCAUAAAUAUUUCUUUAUUGUUUGAAACAUCAUUCGAUUUAUUGUUAAUUGUUUUUCCAUUGACGAUUAUACGACCCUUUUCCUUUCGUAAUGUAAAAAAAGGAUAACAACUGUUCGUUGUUAUUCUUAUCUAUUGAUUUCUGGCUUG